AUGGCUGCGGAAGCCAAGUACAGCAUCGUGCGAGAAGUGGGCCGGGGGAGCUACGGCGUGGUUUACGAGGCCAUCGUUAACCAAACGAGGAGCAAAGUCGCUGUGAAAAGGAUGCGCUGCCAUGUGCCCGAAAACGUGGAACUGGCUCUGCAAGAGUUCUGGGCCCUGCAGAGCAUCCAGAGGCAACAUGAGAACGUGAUCCAGUUGGAGGAGUGUAUCCUGCAGGACGGGCAAGCCUUUCAGCCAAUUAGUCAUCGUUACAGGAAAUCAGACAGCCAUUUGCUGCUAAUUGAGACCUGCCUGAAAGGGCGGAGGUGCAUGGAUCCCAAAUCUGCCUGCUUUCUGUGGUUCGUCAUGGAGUUUUGCGACGGGGGCAACAUGAACGAAUACCUGUUGUCCCGCGGCCCCGACGCGCAGCUGAACAACAGCUUCAUGCGGCAGCUCAGCAGCGCCGUGGCGUUCCUGCACAGAAACCACAUCGUGCACAGGGACCUCAAAGCCGACAAUAUUUUGAUUUCUCAUAGAUGUGGAAGUCCCAUUGUGAAGGUUGCGGAUUUUGGCCUCAGCAAGGUGUGUCAGGGGAAAGGGAACGUGAACCAGCAUCGCUUCUCCUCCGCGUGCGGCUCCAACUUCUACAUGGCUCCAGAAGUCUGGGAAGGUCACUACACGGCCAAGGCGGACGUAUUUGCCCUUGGGAUCAUUUUCUGGGCUAUGGUGGAGAGGAUCACCUUCCGAGACGGGGAUACUGAGAAGGAAUUGCUUGGAACUUACAUCUGCCAAGGCAAGGAGCUUAUUCCCCUCGGAGAAGCGUUGCUGGAGAAUCCCAACCUGAAAUUACAGAUUCCCCUGAAGAGCAAGAAGGCCAUGCCCGAUGAUCUCUGCAAGCUCCUGCGCGAUAUGUUGGCUUUUAACCCAAAAGAAAGGUUGGAUGCCUUCCAGCUCGAAGUCCGAAUCAGGCAAAUCUCCUACGGCAAAAAACGCCAGCGCUCGGUCUCGUAGAGGCGAAGGACGUUCAGGUCUCGCUGCGGUUUGGAGGCCUCGGCGAUGGUGACCAACUCCGCGCGCCUUUGGAACAAGCGGGUCCAUCCGAAGACUGUUGCCGGCUGCCAGUUUUCCCCAACGGUUAUAUUUAAAUGGACAACAAUUUUAUUUAUUUGUACAGUAAUUUUAAGAGGAGAACUACAGAAAGCCUUAUUUUUUAUGCAAACCCUCGGUGUUUUUACAUUCGUGUUCUUUUACUUGGCGAGUAGCGCAGGUGAAAACUCGGCUGAGGUGACCGUAGUUGUCUGGCUGUACUCGUAGAGGAAUUUCUGCACCUGUUCUUUUUAAAACAACCCUUGUACCCCCUUCCCUUGACAUCCCAUGACUGCCCUUUCGAAGGACGGCAAAACAACAUGCCGAAACCGUUUAGAGAUGGGUCUGUGCCCUAUUUUGUGUUGACUCCCUUUCCAUCCCUGGCUUCUCGCUGAUAAAACCACAUCGCUUGUCCUUGGCGCAGAAAUUGUCUUCGGGAGGUUUAAUUGGAGCUUUUUUUUGGGUGUAAUUCUUCAUGUUUCUUGGCCACGUAACUGAGUGAUGUCUGAAUGAGCUGGCAAAGUGCUCAGUGUCUAUUCUGCGAAGUUUGAGCCGAAACACAAGAAGAUGGAUUUUUCUUCGCAGUGGCUUUUUGAAUAUUCUUGCUUAGAUUAACUAAAACGCUUUCUUAAAAUAAAUACAAAAAACGUUAAA